CAGCAGCAGCAGCAGCAGCCUCCGCAGCAGCCUCCCGCGGUGCAUUAGCUCCAAGCCUCAAUGAGGAGCCCAAACAUGGCGACCUUCAAACAGCAGAAGGUGGAGGAUGUAUAUGAAAUUGGAGAAGAGUUAGGAAGUGGCCAGUUUGCCAUAGUGAAGAAAUGCCGGGAGAAGAGCACCGGGGCCGAGUAUGCUGCCAAGUUCAUCAAGAAACGGCAGAGCCGGGCAAGCCGUCGAGGGGUACAGCGGGAGGAGAUUGAGAGGGAGGUGCACAUUCUGCAGCAGAUCCUGCACCCUAAUGUCAUCAAACUUCAUGAUGUCUAUGAGAACCGAACAGAUGUGGUCCUCAUCCUGGAGCUAGUUUCUGGAGGAGAGCUCUUUGAUUUCCUGGCACAGAAAGAGUCUUUGAGUGAGGAAGAAGCAACCAGUUUCAUUAAGCAAAUCCUGGAAGGCGUUAACUACCUGCAUGCCAAGAAAAUUGCUCACUUUGACCUCAAGCCAGAGAACAUUAUGCUGCUGGAUAAGAAUAUUCCCAUUCCACACAUCAAGUUGAUCGACUUUGGCCUGGCUCAUGAAAUUGAAGAUGGAGUAGAGUUUAAGAACAUUUUUGGGACCCCAGAAUUUGUAGCUCCAGAAAUUGUGAAUUACGAACCCCUUGGGCUGGAGGCUGAUAUGUGGAGCAUAGGGGUCAUCACCUACAUACUGUUAAGUGGUGCUUCACCUUUCCUUGGGGACACAAAGCAGGAGACGUUGGCAAACAUCACGGCAGUGAGUUAUGAUUUUGAUGAGGAAUUCUUCAGUCAGACCAGCGAGUUAGCCAAAGACUUCAUUCGGAAGCUCCUGGUUAAAGAAACAAGGAAACGGCUCACAAUCCAGGAAGCGCUCACUCAUCCCUGGAUCACGCCAGUGGAUAAUAGGCAAGCCAUGGUCCGGAGGGAAUCGGUUGUCAACUUGGAAAAUUUCAAAAAGCAGUAUGUCCGGAGGCGGUGGAAGCUUUCAUUUAGCAUCAUCUCACUGUGUAACCACCUUACCCGUUCCCUGAUGAAAAAGGUCCAUUUGAAGGAGGAAAAAGAUUUGAGGAAUUGUGAGAGUGACACAGAGGAAGAUAUCGCCAAGAGGAAAGUGCUUCACCCCAGGAGGAGAAGUAGUACUUCUUAGUCUAGCCCAGCUCCCCUCCUGGUAGGGAACCCCAGGUCCCUUUGGAGAACUCCACCAUCCCAGCGUGGUUUACAAUCUGUGGACACUCACGGGCCCCCAACUACAACCAGCACUCUGGUUUUCUAAGUCUCUGAGCCUUUGAGAGGGAGCAUCCAACGUGCUUACUCUCUUAAGAAGACUUUGGCUGGGAGGAAGAUUUAAGAGGUUCUGGAGGUGUCCUCUUGUUGAAGCUCUGAGCCUAUCAAGGCCUUUGCUUAAGAGCCUAAAGCUCUUAAUUGUAAUUAAGAAGGGCGCAUACCAGUUUGCCAACCCUCAGAACCAAUGGGUAAGGUCCGUGGGCCUUUGUGGGAUUUUUUUAUUUUUAUUUUUAUUUUUCAAGUUUCAACCUGGUGUUGUUCACAUGUAAGGCACCACAGGUAAAGAGGAGUCUACUGGGCUGCUAAGAGAGCUAAGACGAAUUCCUAGGCAUCUUUAAGUUCUGUUUGUCAUCUUUAAAAGUAUACAUAUUCUUCAGGGCAAUUGGUGGAUUCAAAACAUUAAUGAGAGAUGAUUAAUAGGCAGAAGGAAUAAUGGGAUUCCAAGGAAUCCUAUUCCUGGAAGAGAUGAAUUACUGGAUUUCCAUUUGGUUCUACUGGAUGGAGCAAGGCCGAUAUCCUAAGACAAGAGAUCUACCACGGAAUGAGGGAAGAAAUCCUGCUUAUCCACAGAUUUUGGACAAGGUUGUGGGGGAGGGGCUGAAACGGAGAAAAUUUGGUAUCUGAGGACUGCACAAGAAAGGCCUGUAACACAGAAGGGGAAUCCGUCCAUAAAUGGAUAUCUUCCUGGGAUUUUUUAUUGGUAUCAGGUAUGGGAGUGAAAUGAGUCCUCAAUUGGUGACCUGACUUCUCAGGGGAGAAUAGCAUCAUCUGGCCUUCGAGAAUCAGGAAAAAAGAUCAAUAAAAAAAAUUUUUUUUA